AUGUGGUUGCUCAAACAACGGCCGCCUUUCCCCGCCUCCCAGUCCCAGGAUCUGAGCCCAAGUUCCCAGCCAACCCCCAUCCCUGCACUGACUCCCAGCAGUCCCAUUGAGCCGUUUGAUCAGGGUCCCGUCGGCGGCCCCCAGACGACAAUCGUCCAGUGUCCCUCGGCCCAACACCCGCUUUCCGAGCUGCCCCAGCUGCUUAAGAUGCUCUGCAACGACGGCAUUGCGCUUCCCUGCGGCCGGCUUGAGCUGGAAGGCGGGCCCUGGCGCAUCCGGGGGAUCAUCCCCUCCUGCCUCCUCGACUUCCUCGCCAACCCGCAGAUCGUCAAGCUUGGCGUUGGCAUCUGCAACGACGGCCUCAAGCUGCUCCGCGACCACAAGCUUGGGCCCAAGCCGUUCCUCAACAGGCUCCUCAAAAUCAGCCGCCUUGCCCGCGCCCUCGGCCAGCCCGACUGCGCUUCCGGUUACUCCUGCCUCAUCUCGCUCCAGUAG